AUGUCACCAGGGAUGUCGCUGUAUAGCGUCAACGCUAUAUUAAUACUCUCCAGUGAGGACGGGUCGCGCAUCUUCACAAAGUACUAUACCCCGCCGCACCAGGCUACGAACCAGCCAGCUGGAGCCGCACCGACAUCCCAAAACCCGUACCCUGACAAGACGGCGCAGACGCGCUUCGAGAAGGCGCUCGUGCAAAAAACGGCCAAGCAGACGGGCGACAUCCUGCUCUUCGACAACCGGAUCGUGCUGUACAAGAUGGAGUCGGACGUGGCCCUCUACGUGGUGGGCAGCGUUGACGACAAUGAGAUCCUGCUCUACAACGUGCUGCUGGCGCUCCGGGACAGCCUGCACUUGCUCUUCAAGCAGUCAGUGGACAAGCGGACAAUAAUCGAGAACUACGACCUCGUCUCGCUCGCCAUUGACGAAAUCUGCGACGACGGCGUCGUGCUCGAGACGGACCCGACCAUCAUUGUGCAGCGCUGCAGCAAGGCGCCGUCGCAAGACGUCAACCUGAGCCGCAUCGACCCGUUCAGCGAGCAGGGCGUCAACAACCUGGCGCAACUAGGCAAGGCGAAGCUGACAGACUGGUUGCGGCAGGGUCUAUAGGGGUAGACUGGAUAGAUGGGUGUUGUGAUGACUUGGAGUUUGUGUUUUGGUGCAAAAAGCUGGGCGUGCUGUACUUCAUCGGUAGCAAACCAAAUGUGAUCCGUCUCGCGGGAGACUGUCUCAUGCCGUCUAGCGUAUCUAAGCUCUAAUAUCCGACGCCGCCUUCCUAAGCCUGUUCAUGACCGCG